CCGGGGCCACGGAGCUCCGAGGCCGCCCGGCGAGGAGGCGGAGGCCGGGGAGGCGCCGUGGGCCGGCCGGGCGCGGCCUCCUCCCGCCCUCGGCUUCUUCAGCCCCGCGGCGGCUCGGCGGCGGCAGCCAUGGGGGCGGCGGAGGCUCGGCGGCGGCGCUGGGGGGUGCCGGUGCUGCUGGUGGCCUAUGUGGGCUACGUGGGGCUGGGGGCCGGCGUGCUGCAGGCCCUGGAGAGGCCGGCCGAGGUGCAGGCAGCCCGGCGGCUCCUCCAGCAGCACUGGGAGCUGCUCGCCAACCACACCUGCCUACGGGGGGCCGCCCUGCAGCGCCUCAUCCAGGGUAUCAUCGAGGCCUACAAGAGCGGCGUAACCCUCCAGGGAAACACCACCAGCCUGGGCAGAUGGGACUUCAGUGGGUCUUUCUUCUUCUCCAUUUCUGCAAUAACCACCAUUGGCUAUGGGAACCUAAGCCCCAGCACUGUGGCUGGUCGAAUCUUCUGCAUCUUGUUUGCGCUGUUUGGGAUCCCCUUGAACCUUGUCCUCCUGAAUGAAAUCGGGCAGGUGAUGUUGUUGGGGGUUCAGCGUUGUGCCCAUCGCCUAGAGGAGAUGUUUCACUGGAAGAUAAAAGCUGCCCUGCUGAUGAAGACCUGUGCACUAGUAUCUGGGUUAUUAUUGUUCCUCCUGCUACCUCCCUUGUUGUUCUCUGACAAAGAAGGCUGGACUUACGAAGAGGGUUUCUACUAUUCCUUCAUUACUCUCAGCACUAUUGGGUUUGGAGAUUAUGUGAUUGGGAUGAACCCAGACCGCACCUAUCCAGGCUGGUACAAGAAUGUAAUCUCUCUUUGGAUCCUCUUUGGGAUGGCCUGGCUAGCACUGGUCAUCAAAUUUUGCAUCAACUUACUGGAGAGCUCCAGUGACUUCUGUCAGUGUAACAAGAAGAGCACAGAGUUGGCAGAAGACUUAAUGGAUGAUGGCAAAAACAGUAUGACAGGACUUCACGACGUGGAGAGCUGCAAUGACAAAGGCACAGAAACAAAAGGACCAGAUGAAUGUCACAUCCACACAGCUUCUGCAGUAGCACUUUAGAGAAGAAACAUACUGUUGGUGUCUCUUAUAUUUCAGUGCACCAGAGAUCACUGCUUAGAAAUGUGGGAAUGGAGCUGUCCUGAUGUUCACAUGGGGAUGCAAACCUGCUUGUUGAGUCUGACAUGCUUCUAUUCUGAAUUGAACAAUGGUAACAAAAUAUUUCUUUUACAGCACCACCAAGAAUUACCAACAGGUCUGUUAACCAAAAGCAGGUUUACAUAGAUAAUACCUACCCUCCCAUCUCAAUAUAUGAGGUAAUUUUUUACAUCUGUACCCAGCACUACCCUUUGUCCGUUUCUUUGCGUGCAAAGUUCUUGAAGCCUUCAAUUGUAUGAAUGGCAUUUUGCAAAUACCUCAACUGGAAAAGGAAGUGUCAUUUAAUACAGGAAGCAAAUGUUAUGUUGUCAAAAGGCACAGUGGAGAAUCUUAUUUUAAAGAACCUGGAAGUAACUGAAAGUGUCCUUCAUCACCUAUGUGCUUGUGCUUGCCAAAGGUGGUAAUGUAUUUCUGCUGCCUGAUCAUUAGUAGGUGGAUGGCAAUGAGGCAGAGCAUGUAGAAGUGCCUAAUAGUAAUUGAAUGUUCAAUUUUCUUAGGGAAACUUCUACAUGCAAUAGCUUAUUUGGAUGCAUUUAUUCUUUUUCUUGUGUUGGAAACCAGAAAAGGAGAACUAGAGGCAGUUCUAAGUGCCCAUGUUUCCAGUUUUAUUGCCAAUGUUAGCAAGGGCAACUUUAAUCUAGAAACACACUGAAGCAUCUUUAACAUUGAUCAA